AGUCUACUUCAGGUAUGGCAGGUAAACCAUGGCGGUUUAAACCCGCAUUAUAUACAUCUACCCUAGUCUAUAUAGCUAUCCAAGUAGCUUUCUUAUCGUUUUUAUGCAGUUACUACAAUUAUGGUAUCGGAAACUUCACGCGAUGGACUUUGAAUCAAUUAGAACAGUAUGAAUACACUCGAGAUAAAAUCGGUUGGGCAAAGCAGUUGUGGAAGGAUACUAAAGAAAACGUUAAAAUAUCAAAACGGAAAGCAACCCAGGAUGAUGUUAAGACAGUAGAAGCAGAAGUCAACGUAGCCAGUAAUGACAUGCAGAUUUUCAACACUGAACAACUUGCCUUAUUUGAUGGAAGUAGAGCAUCUAGGCCAGUUUACCUUGCCAUACUUGGACGAGUCUAUAAUGUUGAUAAAGGAAGAAAACAUUAUGGGAAAGGUGGAGGAUAUCACUUCUUUGCUGGGCGUGAUGCUACGCGUGCUUUCGUAAGUGGCGAUUUCACUGAGACCGGACUCGUGGACAACACUGAUGGUCUCUCACAUGAAGAUCUUUUAGGGAUUCGAGAUUGGGUAUCUUUUUACGAAAAAGAUUACAAAUUAGUGGGUGUAUUAGUUGGCAGAUACUAUGAUUCUAAUGGAAUGCCUACGAAGGAGCUCAAACACGUGCUGGCUCGCAUGCAGACUGCAGCAGAAUGGAAGAAGUCGAAAGCUGAUGAAGCUGAGGUGUUUCCCCCGUGCAACAGUGAAUGGCAUCAGAACAGUGGUGGCCGUGUUUGGUGCUCAGUGAAAAGUGGUGGUAUCCAUCGAGAUUGGGUGGGAGUACCAAGGUUGCUUUAUGAUCCAAAUACAAAGCAGCAGCGGUGUGCAUGUGUGAAAAACUUUGGCACUGGUCUCUCUUCUUAUGGUGAAAAAGGCAAUCGCGGCGACCUAGAUCAUCCUAAUUUGAGGCAAUAUCCGAAAUGUUCUCCGGUGGCUAAUAGUUGUCGACUCGAAAACGAUUGAAUUCGAUACCGAUGAUACCUGCAGGACUUUCUACGUACCAAAGCUCUAUGUUCUCAUCCACAGGAAAAAAAUUUUGUUAAUAUUAUGUAACGCUAUGUUUCCAUUAUCAGUCGGCUUGACCACCAAAUCGUACCCAGUGAUUCUAUAGAUUUCUUUAUUCCUUGCCUAGUUCGCUAAUCUAUCCCUCUUGAAAUGUAUGUUAUUGCUGUGUUCAUAGAUUUCGUGUAUGAUCAUAUAAUAACCCAAGUCAGAAACAUGAGCUAUUAUAGGUGUUAGAUAAGUAUGUAUCACAUGUAAUGUACACUUUGUUGUAUCAACUUUACUGCCGUCUUAUCUUUCCUUACUUCUUCUCCUCCGUGCGCUGCACUGUUUUUUUCUGUUUCUCUCUUUUCGUUCUCGACCAGCUAUCGAUACGGUGUGCUGUGAUCCUUGUGCUAUCGUACUUACAGGAGAUCUGAACUUUGUCUCUGUGGAGCGCCUUGAAGUUUUAUGUAAUUUGCAAGUUUGAGAAUGUACAGAAGUGUCUUAUGAAGAUACCUGAAUGCUG